AUCCUUCCUCGUGCGUGGUGUUUCAUAGUAGCGGGGAAGACAAGAUGGCGGAGGUGGUCUCGAAUGGAGAGAAACUCAGCAAAAAGAGCCGCGCAUCAUGUUGACGCUUGUCCGAGCAGCCAGGCAGCCUGUGUGCCAGGCCGUUGGGUUACGGGUGCAGAAGUUUGCGCCCCACGUUCGGCAAACGACGCCUUCGCUUAUUGAAGGAUGUCGCUGGAGAGGUGACAAAAGUGAGCUGAAGAGGCGCCUGAAAGCGGAGAAGAAGGCUGCAGAGAAGGAGGCCAAGAUCAAGGAGCAAGCACAGCAGAACAAGGCGGUGAACGACAAACAGCAGGAGCAUGUAGAUGGAGUGGACGAGGAGACUCUGGACCCCAAUCAAUACUUCAAGAUCCGCACCCAGGCCAUCCAGGCUCUGAAGGGAACCGCUGAAGACCCCUAUCCCCACAAGUUUCACGUGGACUUAUCACUUACUGAGUUCAUCGAGAAGUAUGAUCACCUACAGCCAGGGGAGCAGCUAUCAGAUACUGUCCUUAAUGUUUCAGGUCGUGUCCAUGCUAAGAGGGCCUCAGGGGCCAAACUGCUCUUUUAUGACCUGAGAGGAGAGGGGGUCAAACUGCAGGUUAUGGCAAACUCCAGGAAUUACAAAUCGGAGGACGACUUCAUUCAUAUUAACAAUAAACUGCGCCGUGGUGACAUCAUUGGUGUUCGUGGUAAUCCUGGGAAGACGAAGAAAGGCGAGCUGAGCAUCAUCCCCGUCGAGAUGACCCUGCUGUCUCCAUGUCUGCAUAUGCUUCCUCACCUGCAUUUCGGCCUGAAGGACAAGGAAACUCGGUAUCGUCAGCGGUAUUUGGACCUGAUCCUGAACGACUUUGUGAGGCAAAAGUUUGUGACCCGCGCCAAGAUCAUCACUUACCUGCGCAGCUUCUUGGACCAGCUCGGUUUCCUUGAGAUCGAGACUCCAAUGAUGAACCUGAUUCCCGGAGGCGCAGUGGCUCGACCUUUUAUCACCUACCACAACGAGCUGGAUAUGAACCUGUACAUGAGGAUCGCGCCCGAGCUUUACCACAAGAUGCUGGUGGUUGGAGGCAUCGACCGUGUCUAUGAAAUCGGUCGUCAGUUUAGAAACGAAGGCAUCGACCUCACUCACAACCCAGAGUUCACUACGUGUGAGUUUUAUAUGGCCUACGCGGACUACAAUGAUCUCAUGGAGAUCACGGAGAAGCUUCUCUCAGGAAUGGUGAAGCACAUCACAGGAGGUUAUAAGGUGACCUAUCACCCUGAUGGACCAGAAGGACAAAGCUAUGAAAUUGAUUUCACACCCCCUUUUAAGAGAAUCAGCAUGGCCCGUGACCUGGAAAAGGAGAUGGGAGUGAAAUUCCCACCCACUGACACUUACGAUUCUGAUGAAACCCGCAAGUUCUUCGAUGACUUGUGUACUCAGAAGGGAGUGGAGUGUCCGGCUCCAAGAACAACAGCUCGCCUCCUGGAUAAGUUGGUGGGAGAUUUCCUCGAGGUGAAAUGCAUCAACCCGACAUUCAUUUGUGACCACCCUCAGAUCAUGAGCCCACUGGCAAAAUGGCACAGAUCGCUGAAAGGGCUGACGGAGCGCUUCGAGCUCUUCGUCAUGAAGAAAGAAAUCUGUAAUGCCUACACGGAGUUGAACGACCCAGUCAAGCAGCGCGAGCUCUUUGAGCAGCAGGCUAAGGCGAAGGCAGAAGGUGAUGAUGAGGCCAUGUUUAUAGAUGAAACAUUCUGCACGGCAUUGGAGUACGGUCUUCCACCCACUGCAGGCUGGGGCAUGGGCAUCGACCGCGUCACCAUGUUCCUCACAGACUCCAAUAACAUCAAGGAAGUCCUUCUGUUCCCUGCCAUGAAGCCUGAGGACAAUAAACCUGCCCCUUCAGCAGAGGGCACUUCUGUUUAACGCUGACCCGUGGUGCCGCCUGAUCAGGAAUCAGUGACGUGGUGGAGAGUGACGAGAGAUGAUUGAUUAGCACUGGGGUUCAUCUUUCUUCCUGACUGCAGAAUACUGUUAAAGAUCCGUGUUUAUGUCCCAAAGGACUUGACAUUGCAGUAAAAGGGAAUCAAUGUUUUUUUACUCAGUUAGGUCGAGACUGUGACCCCUCCUUUUUUUUAAACUGCUCCUUUUGUCCAUUGUCGGUUCACAUCAGGUUCUUUUCUUACCCUGCAGCAAUCAAGAUGAUGAAGAUUCAAAUUCAGCCAUAUUUUUCUGUAAUAAUGGUUUUAAUAUCCCCAGUCCUCUGUAUUUUUAGUGAUCACCAUCUGGCCAAGGGAAUAAAAUUUCAUGUGCUUGAUGAAA